AUGAACUUCCUAACGCGUCUUUUAAAGCGCAACAAACCACAAGACAAUGAUUCAGACGAGCAAGUGGCGGCUCGAAAACUUUCUAGAUCAUCGACGACAUAUACGCAACCAAAGCGUCGCAUAUAUGUCAACACACCAUUACCCUCAAGUGAACUGGAUCAGAAUGGCGAACCGUUAGCAGUCUACGUACCAAACAAAAUCCGGACUGCGAAAUACACGCUGUUCACAUUCUUGCCGAAAAAUUUGUUCGAACAAUUUCGUAGAGUGGCAAAUGUGUUUUUCUUAUUUUUGGUGGUGUUGCAGUUAGUGCCGGCAAUUGGUGGUGAUAAUUCCGUAUUUAUGGUGGUUUCCCCGUUGGCGUCGAUCAUCAUCAUCACAGGGAUUAAAGAUGCUUUCGAAGAUUAUAAACGGAGAACUCAGGAUAAUUUACUGAAUCGGUCGAUUACACAGAAGUUGACUGGGUGGAAUAAUGUGAAUGUUGGUGCGUCUGAUGGCACUCGUAAAAAAUAUUUGAAAAGGAUUUUUAGUAGUUUGUUGAGUUUCCUAGGCUACAGAAUUGGGGGAGGGCGAGGAGAUAAUAAAACUCAAAGGCAGGGAUCAACAGGCAAAGAUAUACCAACAAUCACAAUAAAUGAAAAUAACCCAACAAGUGCACGAUGGACUCCAAGUCGUUGGCAAGACGUAAGAGUUGGCGACCUCGUAAAAUUAAAAAAUGACGAAGCAGUUCCAGCCGACAUGAUAAUCCUUUCAACAAGUGAACCAGACGGUCUUUGCUACGUUGAAACAAAAAAUCUGGACGGAGAAACAAAUCUUAAAGUUCGGCAUGCUGUCCCGUCAACCUCACAUGUAGUUUCAGAGAGUGAUUGUGAGAAUGUCCAUUUUUACGUUGAAUCUGAGCCACCACACUCGAAUCUCUAUUCUUAUACAGGAGCGUUGCAUGUCAUCUCUGAUAAUAAUCGUAUUAGCAAUUUCAGUGAUCUUAUUGUGGUCGAAGAGCAACCUGCUGCUGCUGUAAAAGUUGAACCUGUAUCUAUUAAUGAUGUACUUUUGCGAGGAUGUAUCUUAAGAAAUACUGAGUGGGUGAUUGGGUUGGUGUUGUUUACUGGUACUGAUACAAAAAUUAUGUUGAAUUCUGGAGACACACCGAGUAAACGGAGUCGAAUUGAAGUUGAAACAGAUUUUCAUGUUACCAUGAACUUUAUAAUUUUAUUCUGUCUCUGCUUGGGCUCCUCGAUCGCUGACGCGUUGAACACAGCACAGUCAGAAAGUUCCGCCGAUUUUUUCGAAGACAACGGACCCAAUAAUACUCAAUCAUCGCUUGAAAGUGCUUUCAUGACCUUUUGGGUAUGCUUAAUUAUCUUUCAAAAUAUUGUGCCUAUUUCAUUAUACAUCACUAUUGAACUGGUCAAAUCGGUUCAGGCAUAUUUCAUUCACUCUGACGUUGAUAUAUACUAUGAGAAACUUGAUUACCCAUGUACGCCAAAAACCUGGAACAUUUCCGAUGACCUCGGCCAAAUAGAAUACAUCUUCUCGGAUAAGACAGGCACUUUAACACAGAACGUGAUGGAAUUCAAGAAAUGCACGAUCAACGGCGUUUCAUAUGGUAAAGGCGAAACGGACACGACUCGUGGUGCAAAACUACAACAGAAGCUAGAAGGAAGGAACUACGAUGCGGAUGACAAUAUAGAUCUCGAAAAAGAAAAAAAAUUAAUGUUGGAAGAGAUGAGCAAACUAUUUGACAAUCAAUACGUCUCGUCGAACGUCACAUUUAUUGAUUCAAACCUAUUUCACGAUCUAAAAAUAGAGAACCAACAGUCACGCGCAAUUCAUGAUUUCUUUUCAGCGCUCGCUCUUUGUCAUACUGUUCUUGCCGAUCGGCCUGAUCAAAAUAAUUCAUUCUUGAUUGAUUAUAAGGCUCAGUCGCCGGACGAGGCUGCUUUGGUGGGCGCUGCUCGUGAUGUAGGGUUCGUUUUUCUUGAUCGACAUCAAGAUACAUUAGUGAUUGAGGUGAUGGGUGAACAAAAGGAAUUCACGUUGUUGAAUGUGCUAGAAUUCAAUAGUACACGGAAACGUAUGUCGGUGAUUGUUAGGCCUCCAGAAGGUGGCGUGAUUUUGAUUUGUAAAGGUGCUGACAGUAUUAUUUAUGAGAGAUUGGAAAAAGGACGGGAUGAAACAUUAAAAGAAACUACAUUAGCAGAUUUAGAAGUCUUUGCCAAUGAAGGACUUCGAACAUUAUGUGUUGCAUAUCGAGUAAUAUCCGAUGAAGAAUACAAUACCUGGGCGCAAAAAUACGCUGAAGCCUCAUCCAGCAUAAACGACCGCGAAGAGAAAAUAGCAGAAGCAUGUGAACUAAUUGAGCAUUCACUCACACUAAUGGGUGGCACCGCAAUUGAAGAUCGUCUUCAAGAAGGCGUUCCUGAAUGUAUUGCAACCCUCGCACAAGCCGGAAUAAAAUUAUGGGUACUAACCGGUGACAAGACCGAAACAGCAAUAAAUAUAGGAUUCGCGUGUAAUCUCCUGCAAAAAGACAUGCAACUUAUCAUUGUUAAUGCAUCUGAUAAACAAAGUACCGCUAGUCAAUUACGUGAAGCACUAGAUACGGUGCUUGGUCCACAAUUAGAAAAAACGCAUGAUCGCCAUGCGUUGGUGAUUGAUGGGCUAACGUUAAAGUAUGCACUUAAUCCAGAGGUCAAAAAUUUAUUGCUGGAUGUGGGCAAACAGUGCCAGGCAGUGAUCUGUUGUCGUGUGAGUCCGUUACAGAAAGCACAGGUUGUUGAGUUGGUAAAAAAUGGUUUGAACGCCAUGACUUUGUCGAUUGGAGAUGGUGCUAAUGACGUUAGUAUGAUUCAAGAAGCAAACAUCGGUGUUGGUAUCGCUGGUGAAGAAGGUCGACAAGCAGCAAUGGCCGCUGAUUACGCGGUUGCACAAUUUCGAUACCUGACAAAACUUUUGUUGGUUCAUGGUCGUUGGUCGUAUCUUCGUAUUGCGGAGAUGAUUUCAUGUUUCUUUUACAAGAAUAUCGUGUGGACUAUCGCAUUGUUUUGGUUUCAAAUUUAUGCUGGGUAA